UUGUGAAACAACAGAGGAAAAGACGCACUCGGGCCAAACCCCAUCCGCACCAGCAGGAGAAGAUGUCCGAGCCCAAUAAGUACCGAGAGUGGAUCCUGGAAACAAUCGACUCUCUCCGCUCGAGGAAAGCCCGUCCGGAUCUGGAGAGGAUUUGUCGAAUGGUCCGGAGACGACACGGGUCAGACCCGGACCGAACCAGGACAGAACUGGAAAAACUGAUUCAAGAGCAGACGGUGCUCAAAGUUAGCUACAAGGGGUCCAUAUCGUACCGAAACGCGGCCAAGGUGCAGAGGAAAAGCAGAAAGAAGAGUGAGUUUACGGCGGCUGGCAGCAGCAGCAGCAGCAGCGCGGAGGCAGCGAGGGAGCGGACCAAACACGACCAUCUGAACAACAACGGCGACAGUGCGCACAGCUUCACCGACCAGGAGGAAGGAGAGGAGGACUCGGAGCCCAGCCCCGAUCCCCACACUCAAACAUCAGCCAGCACCACUGGCAAAAAGCUCAAGCCUGCCUCCAGCCGAAGUAGCGGAAACGGGUGCCUCAGUUGUGGCGCAACAACGGGCUGCGCUGUCGGGAGCGGCUGUAAAGAGGAGAAAGCAAGUGCACCGAGAGACAAGGGAUUAGGACAGCAGGGAGUGGGGGGGUGCCCGUCGCCGGGUCUCGGCCACAGAACAAGCGCACACGACGCCGGUGAUGGCAGCAGGACAACACCGAACAAAACCGAUGCACUUCGCGGAGGAAAGGAGCCUGCUCUGUCCGGAGCUGACACCCAGAACAAAACUUGCUCUGGGAGCGUCAGCAGCCUCCCUCCACAGCAGAAGCCGACCGAGCCCCUCAAGCCCAAACUUCGAGUCGGGGGAGGGAGCACCAAAACAACAGGGAACCACGCCAACCCCGACCUGGGCGACAGAUUGGUGGCUUCUGUUCGCAGCCUGUCCGAGAGGAGCCUCCGCGGGGGCUCCGCCGCCACGACCAGAGGCCACAUGAAGCCGCUCGGGCUGAAGGAGAUUUUGGGCUAUCUGAGCAGCCAGGAGCGGCUGUCGGAGGAGAAGCUGACCCGAGGCAAAGUCAAAGUGGUCAUGGAGAGAGAGGUGGCGAGAGGCAGGCUGCGCAGGACCCGCUGCGGGAACAUUACUCUUCCUCUGAGGGGGAUGGUGGUGGAGGAGCCGAUGCCGAAGAAUGCGUCCGCUGACAGACUUGUAAAGAGCGCACUGCAGGACAAGCAGACGGUGAAAAAGGGAGGACUAUCCCCGGUAGCCAUGACAACUGAACCAGAGCUCAUUGAGAAAACCACAGAAGAUGCCGAGAUCCAGACAGCAUCAAAGCAGGAGAGCCCCCAUCAGCAGCAGCAGCAGCAGCAGCAGCAGCAGCAGCAUGGUGGCAAAGGGAUGGAUUCACCGACCCGGACACAAUCCACACCCGUUCAGGGAGUUCCACUGUCACAGUGUAACAGUGCGCACUUGGAGGAGAGAGCUGUCGUCCCAGAUCAGCUACAUAAGGCAGCACAAAAUCAGCUGCAGCAUGACGGAAUCAACCACACCUCCUCGGGCUUUAACAACUUGGAGUGUAAGACAGAGGUUGGCGUGUCAUCCUGCCUGCUCACACCCACUGCUUCCCCGAGAGACUCCGGCCUGCCUGAAGAGCGAGGGAUAAAUGGACUUAGCAGUGGAGGGUUUAUGAAGUCUGAGGGGGCCAGUGGGAGCCCAGUGGACUGGACAGUGUCUGAUGUGGUCAGUUAUUUCACAGCAGCAGGUUUCCCUGAGCAGGCUGCUGCCUUCAGGACCCAGGAAAUCGAUGGCAAGUCUCUUCUCCUCAUGCAGCGUAAUGAUGUUUUGACUGGCCUGUCAAUCAGGCUCGGCCCCGCCCUCAAGAUCUAUGAGCGUCAUGUAAAGGUUCUGCAGAAAACACACUUUGAGGAUGACGACUGCUAACAACACACAAAGACACACAGAGACUGCUAUGUUUGUAACUACAUGUAACUCAAAGUAAUCAUAUAAAAAUGCAUGCAUGAU